AUGGAAGAUCUGGUCCGACUGGUCGGUCUGCAAAGAGAGACUCUCAAUGUGCUGCAGAAAAAGCUGGAGGCCUAUGAGGCUGAGCUCCAGGCCUGGGCCGACGGGACAGAGGAGCGAGGUAGAGGGUGCAUUGCCGACCGGGCUGGAGGAGGGCUGAUGGAGGAGAUCCUGAGGUUGGAAAAGCAUCUGAGGAAGACGACGUUGAGAUGGAGGAAGAGGAGUUUUGGUUCCACGGAGCUGCAGAUAGAGCUGGAGAGUGAGCGGCAGCUUGAGGAACGACUGCAUGAGCUAGUAGGACGCCUGCAGGGCUGUGAAGUGGAGAUUGAAGAAAAGCUUUCAAUGAGCGUAGAGGCCGGCCUGGAAGAGGAGCGGCUGCAGAGGCAGCGGCAGGAGACCCAGUGGGUGAGCGAGGCCGAGGCUCGGUCUCAGGUGCUCCGGGCCAAAACGGAACUGAAAGCCCAGGAGAGGCAGGCCGUCCAGCUGGAGAGUAGCUGCAGAGCGGUUGAUCGCUCGCUUGGACAAAGCACCAAGAAUCUGCAGGAUAUGCAGCACGAGCUUGAACAGCUGACCAAGGAGCUGAGGCAGGUUAACCUGCAGCAGUUCAUUAAGCAGACCGGCACCAAGGUCACAGUGCUGCCGGCCGAACCCAGUGAGGAUGAAAGUACUCACAGCACUCAUGUUAAAGAUUUAGUUCCCCUCUCUGGCUCCCUGAAGCGUCCGGUGUCGUCGCACGCCAUGUCCAGUCACCUCCGGAUCCUCCACAGCCCUCUCACCUCCGGCCUGAAUCCAGAGGGCAUCUAUGUGUGAGAUGUCUCUGCCACGAGGCAACGCGUCGCGUCUCCUUUCCGCCAUUUGGAACACGCUUGCAAGUGGAUGUCUCUGUACGGGGUUCCUCGGUGACACGCUACUAUGCGCUGCUGUCUCAGUUACCUGAAGGCGACCCUGAGCGUGACGACUGAAGAACCGAAGGUACAAUGUUGAUCGUGAAAAAUUGAAUUUCUGGAGCACUUGGUGUGAAUGCAAAAGUGGUAGGAAGGAGCAACGGAGACGUAUCAGGAUUUUGUAAACAUCAGGCCACCGUGGACUUUAUAAACAAAUCCACGUGAUCUACUUCAGUAACUGAUGAAUGAUUUGUAUUGAUUUCUCACUAGCAUUAUGAUUCAAAAUUAUCGCCUUUUGAAUAGUAUUCUUGAGAAUCUUUGUAUGUGAAUUUAUUAAAUAUAUCUCGUACGUUAUUUCUAUAGUGAACAUGUUUUACCCAGCAUAACAUCUUGUUCUUAUAAAAGCAAUGAAGGAUCCACGUGUGUCUACUAUAGUAAACGUGUCUAGAAUGUAUUGUUUUGCACAUCAGACUUUGAUGCGGUUGCUCUCAGUUCACGUUACAACUAUGCACAAAAGGUCAAUCGUUUUGUUACUAAGUGUGUGUGUGUGUGUGUGCACCAAAAUGAUUGCUGACUGUAUAUGUUUUCUUAGUUUUGAGCUUUUUUUUUUUUUUUUUUUUUGGUGAAUUAUUCUAUUUUAUUACAAAGCUGUGCAUUUACAGUUACAAAAAUGCAGUGGCCUGAUUCUUGCUAAUAUACCUUCGUAAUGAAACCGUGUAAAUUACCCUCUUAAGCGGAUUUUUGUUGUUCAGAUUGCUAAACAGUAUAUUUUUGCCAAACGUGUUAAGCUUGUUUUUUUCUGUAAGGCUGGAUGGCCAAAGGUUAGCAGGUCUUGUUGCAUGACUGUGUUGUUAAUAGAGCCAUAUCUGGAAGUGCAGACCCACACUACAGUAAAUCAUAUGGGGGGAUCUGGUGGCAUGUAAUAAAACAGAUAGCUACGGUGUGUGUGAUUUAAAUAGGUGUGUGUGUGUGUAUGCAACGUCUGAAUAGACGCAGAAUUAAUUCCCUCUUAGGUCUUAGUUCAGCUGCUAAUCACUUCAAAGUGCCUUGUAUUCCUUUCAGAGUUGGUGAAUGUGAAUAAUGUGCAGCGAAGCUUUAGUAGACACAUGGAAGCAAUGAUCGUAGUCAGUUUGGAGCAGCUGCUCGAUGUAUUAGUGCCACAUUGAAGCCCACAGAGAUACGGCACAGCAUCAGAGAGGAAAGUAUCUUCGGUUUCAUCUGUCUGUAUUUUGUAGAAAUAUGAAUGUAACCAACAAUAUUGAAAGUUCUUUCCACUGUGCGAUUCUCACCAUAAUACUAUAUGCUGUAAAAUCUAUUCACAUUUGAUCUGAUUUAUUUCAUCUACAACACAUGUUGUGUGCUUUAUUCAGCAGCUUCACACCGGAAUAACAUUUUUCAUGUGAUACAGAAGAGGAGUCCACACUGCAACAUUCAGUAUCUACACUAAAAUAAAAUGCAUUUCCUCUGCAGUUUGUACUGUUGCUUUUCGGUUAAAUUAGGUCAAAUCUAAUCCAUCUAUAUAAGUGAGCAGAUUUUUCCCUUUAAGAAACCACUUGUGUGCUUUUUCCACCUGGGGAUGAUGCGUAGCUGUGGUCACUGUUUACAACCGUGUAUGUUCUAAGAUGUCGAUUGUACAUAACCUGUUUUUAUUUGUCCAUGCCUUAAUAUACUGCAAUGUGUUGACAGGUGUGUGUGUGUGGCUGUAACUGGCUGCCGAUGUGAAUGAUAUUAAUUGCAUGAUUCAAUAAACCAUCUGACCAAAUGAAA